AUGCCUCACACCGAGUUAUCGUUCUCGGAGUCAAUUAAAGACGAUAUCGCGUCCUGGAGUGUGGCUUCGAAAUGCGCCAUCGUCAACGCCUGUUGGCCACAUCUACAUUCGUUAUCUCACAACUUCGACGAACAAGAGUAUUCUGCUUUUUUCGAGAUUCUAGGCAGGAUAUUGAAGAAUCUGUCCCCUGCGCGAAACUUCAAGAUCCAAAAUUUGAACGACCUUAUCAAGGCGACCGAUUUUCUUGUAGCGAAUCGACAACAAACUAAGGGAGCGUUGGUAGCAGAGUUUAUUGGCCAGUCAGGUGAUGCCAAAGAGGAAGAUGUUGUUCGAAUGAUUGAGCUGGUUGCUCGAGUUCAAGUCGGGAUCAAUAUAUGUUCUCAAGGGAUGUCUACUGGACGGCAAACUUCUCGUGACACCCCUGUAGAAUGGCCACCAGAUAAGACUCUCCCGGAAGUAAUCGCGACCUUCUUUGAAAACAAGAAAAGGCGAGCCAUAUCCUCCGAUGAGAUAUUCGACCCCUCAUUCACUGCCGCGAAACUGAAAGGAAUCUGUCAUCUGCACAUUCGCUGGACAGAUAAUCUAGUCGACCAUCUAAAACUCGAUGGUCGUCCUGGAGAUCGAAUUCUCUCAAUAUACCGUCACAAGCUGUUCCUCACGAACCAUCGCCAUCUCAACUCGCCAAACAUUAUACCGACAAAGGUCCUGGACGAAGCGAUGCGAACACUCGCCCUUCUCUUUCCAUCUGGCGACUCUAAGACUAUUUCUCUUCUCAAAAAAGAAAAGAUCCCUGAUUGGUCUAUCGUUCCCUCGGAAAUCUCGCGGGAGAUGGCACUCGAUGACUUCGAGUACUGGCGGGGUGAUUUAGCACGAUUACUAGACCUAAAGCGUGGACCACCAGAGACGAUUGCCCAAACACUACUGGACACCAGGGAUUUUUCCCAGUUUGCUACUCUGUGGAUUGCUAUCCUUGGUGUCUUCCUCAUCACAGUAAUAUUUGGUACUUUAUCUACAGUAUAUGCGAUAAAGCAGUAUCAGAUGGCUGUGAAGUCAUACGAUCUAUCUUUAGCUACAGCCUGUCAGCAGUUACCGCAGCUGCCAGGAUUCUGCCCUUUGAAUGCCCCACCGAUAUGA